UUAAUUAAGUAUUGGGCUUCUUCUACUCUAUCUCUUAACCCCAAUUUCCUCAUUCUUUUGCUUCUCCUCCGACGAUGUCAUCAACAUUAUUCUCAAACAUGAAAUAUUCCGAUAGCUUAACAGUUGUCGGAAUCUCAAUCUGCACUGCAAUAAUCUGUGAGGCUAUCUCCUGGCUCUUAAUCUACCGUACUUCAUCCUACAAAUCCCUCAAAUCUACCAUCGACAAGGCCUCCAAGAAACUCGAAACGAUGAAAACCACGGAUCCUAAUACUGCAACAAUUGUCAAGAAAUCCAAAACCAAGAAAAUCGAUCGGGUCGAAUCAUCCUUAAAGGAAUCCAGUCGAGACCUCUCCAUGUUCAAAUUCAAAUCUGGCGGAGUAGUUGCCCUUGUUUUGUUCAUGGUUUUUGGUUUACUUAACAGCCUUUUUGAGGGGAAGCCCGUCGCAAAAAUCCCAUUUGUGCCCAUAAAGCUGGUGCAGAAGAUGAGCCACAGGGGAUUGUUGGGGGACGAUAUGACGGAUUGUUCGAUGGCGUUUUUGUACUUUUUGUGCUCUAUUAGUAUAAGGACUAAUCUUCAGAAGUUCUUGGGCUUCUCACCGCCACGUGGAGCAGCCGGGGCCGGGCUCUUUCCCAUGCCGGAUCCCAAAUCCAAUUGAUUAGGUUUCGGUGGACUUUCUCCAUCUGGUACUGAUUUUUGUUGGGUUUUGUUUAAUUUAAUGUUUGGAUCGGAGACUUUUAGAUAAUUAUAUGGUGGGUAUGAUGAAUAAUAAUUUCAGCUAUUGCUACUUGUGGAAUUUUUAAUUAACCUAAUACUAUCUUUGUUGCAUUUUGAUUA